AUGAAACAACAAGAUCUUUUUAUCGCUGGUCUUUGUGCAUGUUUACGUCAAAUAAUUAAAUUAACACUCAGUGAAAAUCCAUUACAUCAUUGUCAAAAUCUUUUGGGUUUUAAAAAUUCAUGUCUUGCUGCACCAUCUGAAACAAGUGUGUGGACAAAAUUUUGUGAAGUUGAUUUGAUAAAUAUGUUAAAUAAUUGCAAUGAAGAAACUCGUUCAAAAAUUGAAUUACCAGAGACACUUGCAAGAUAUGAAAUACAUUUAUCACAACCAGUUCGUUUGCAUAAUAUUCACAAAUAUACAAUGUCCAAAAAAUAUUCACCAAAUGGUGUAUCAACACAAAAUCGUAAUAUACCUGAACAUGCAAUGCCACUUGUAACAAAGUGGUACACGAAAAUUAUGGAAAAUGAAAAUAUUAAAUCAUUGCUAAAUAUAUUUCCCAUGAUAAUAAAAUCACCAUCAGACAUUGAUGUUAAUUUUGUACUACCAAAUGUCAUUGAUCAGAGUCUCUACCAAUGUGAUCCAAAAUUUUAUAAAACUGGAAAACAAGCAUUUACAAAACAAGAUGACAUUGAUUUAUCAUUGGAUAUAAUAAAAAAUAUUGGAAUUAAAUAUAAUCUUGAAGAUGAACCAUUUGGUGUUGAAUUAAAUAUCGAUUGGAAUAAAAUACCUUUUGAGGCUGGUCCAAAUGGUGGUGAAUUACCAAAAAAACGUUUACAACGUAAAUAUGAACAAUUGGAAAAUUUAUGUAAAGCAACAUUAAAACUAGCUAAAAGUGGUGAUAAAAUUGUUGAUUUUUGUGCUGGUACAGCACAUUUAGGAAUACUUGUUGCUUAUUUAAGACAAGAUUGUCAUUAUUUUAAGGGUAAUUUUGAUAUUGGUUUAUCACUUCAUGCAUGUGGUGUUGCAACUGAUUUAGUUAUACAACAUUGUAUUCGUGUUAAUGCAAUAUUUAUAAGUUGUCCAUGUUGUUAUGGUUCAAUUAAAGAUUGUCAUAAUAUUCAUUAUCCAAGAAGAUAUCAAUGUAUGAGUAUUAUUGAUACUGAUAGAAAAUUACAAGCUGAAGAAAAUGGCUACAAAGUACAUUUAUCAAAACUUGUACCUGAUACAUGUACACCAAAAAAUCAUUUACUUGUUGGUAUACCAGAAUUUAAAUUAACAGACGACAAAACAAUUGCUGAUUGUUUUAAUAAUUUAUCUUGCCAAAAUAUAUGA